AUGAAUUCUUCAAGAUAUUCCCUUUUCAGAGUCACAAUCUUGUUAGCCUUUUUCAUCAUUGCUUCAGAUUUGUGCAUGAUGAAGACAGAAGCAAGAGGACCCAUUUACAGAAUGCCUUGUGAUUCUGAUAAGGAAUGUCAGAUUGGGUGUCACAAUCCAAACUGUGGGUGUGCAUCCCAGUGUAUCGAGCAUGUCUGCCAGUGUCCACAUCCAGCUUCCACCGUCACUGAUGUCAUCACUCCACCGGCACCACCCUCAAACUGA